AUGGCAUCGGAUGCGACUCCGCUGGAGCAGGCGUUCGACAAGCUCAACACCUGCAUCAAAAACCAGCAGCACAAGAAGGCUCUUAAAGCCUGUGAUGAAGUCCUCGCCCUCGCACCGGGAGACGUGGACGCCCUGCGUUGCAAGGUGGUGGCGCACAUGCAGCUCUCCGAAUUCCAGCAGGCGCUGGAGCUGCUCAAAAAGCCCGCGCUGGCAUCUCAGCCGCUGGGCUUUGAGCGGGCCUACUGCAUGUACCAGUUGGGGCAUAUAGACCAGGCGCUGGCAGUGGCCAGUCAGGCUCUGUCCUCCCCCGACCUGGACGCAGCGGCCGCCGCGGCGCUGUUGCAGCUUCAGGCGCAGUUGGAGUACCGGAGGGGCCGUACACGUGACUGCAUCAACACGUACGACAAGCUCUUCCAGCAGUACAAGGCUGAUUCUUUGGAGCUCAAGACCAACGUCCUGGCUGCUUACGUGGCUGCGGGUCUCUCCAGUGAGCUGCCGGACCUGAUGGCGGCGCUCAAGGUCCGGCCCCGGGACAGCUUUGAGGUGGCGUUCAACCGGGCGUGUGGGUUGGUGUCGGCGGCCGGGGGGGACCCGCAGCAGCUGGCGGCGGCGGAGGGGGACCUGCGGAUGGCCAUAAAGCUGGGUCGCGAGGCUCUGUUCGAGGAGGAUCUAGGGGAGGAGGAGGUGGAGGACGAGCUGAGCCCCCUGGCGUGUCAGCUGGCCUACGUGCUGGGCAGAUUGGGCAGGACGGCGGAGGCGGGGGAGCUGUACGACAAACUCAUCCGAGGCUCCCAGCCCCUCAGCGAUGAGGCCACCCGGGCUCUGGCCAGCAACAACGCCAUCGCAGACGCCCCCCACCGCCUGGAGCCGGGACCCCACAACCGGAAGUACAUCAACUCGUCAACCAAGAAGCUCGAGGCGCUCCUGGAGAGGCCAGGAGGAGGAGGAGGAGGAGGAGCGGCAACAGCGGCUGCUGCGGCAGCGGGUGAUGAGGAAGGCGGCGGCGGGGCCACCGUGGGCUCGCUGGCGGGUUUAUUAGCCCGCCACACUCCGGCGGGGUCCCUUCCCCGGUUUGCGGGGGCUCUGGAGAGCCGGCUGGGGGAGGGCCAGAAGAUGCAGCUGCUGCUCAACCUGGGGCUGCUGUACCUGGUCGGCGGGCGCCACGAGGCGGCUCGUGAGCUCGUGGGGGUGUUGGUGGCGGCUCCAGGGGGCCCGGCUGAGCCGGCGGUGGCGCUGCUGUCAGCCGCGGUGUCGCUCUCACAGGGCAAGACGGUGGAUGCGGACCGCACUUUGGAGUCGUUUUGUUCCUCGUGUGGCAGCGGGGCCCCCGGCUGCCCGCCCGCCGCCGCCGCCGUGGCGCCCACCUUGAUGAGGGCGCAGAUAGCGCUGGAGGGGGGCGGCACUGCGGCGGCUGCGGGGCUGCUGGCGGGGCUGAGGGACGAGCGGGUGGCUGCCAGUGGGGCGCUGGUGGCCACGCGGGUGGCGCUGUACGAGCAAAUGAACGACACCGCGGGUGCCGAGGCUCUACUUGACGGGGCGGUGGCCCAGUGGCGGUCUCGGAGCGGGGAGGAGGGGGCGGCCUCCGCUCUGGCCUGGUGCCUGUCAUGUGCCAUUGGACUCAAGCUAAGACUGGGGAAGCUGGAGGAGGCAAAGCAGGCCUUCAAGCAACUCCAAUCGUACGGCGUCUCGUCCACCUCCGCCGGCGCAGCCACCCUGGCUCGUCUGGCCCGGGCUUGUGCGCUGUCCGACCCCGCCGCCGCCCCUGGACUCGUGGCCCAGCUGGCUCCGCCGCCCACAACUGCCGUACUGUCAAGAAUAGAUUUAGAUGCGCUAGAGGAGGGGGCGGUGAGGGGCCCGGGGGGAGGGGGAGGUGCGGCGGGUGGCCGCGGCGGCCGCGGCGGUCCCGAUUUGGCGGCUGGGGAGCUGGCGGCGGCUGCUCGGGCUGGAGGCGGGAAGCGAAACGGGGAGGCGAUGGAGGUGGACCAACAGCCCAAGGUUAAGAAGAGCCGCAAGAAGCACAAGCCCCGGUACCCCGCCGGCUACAACCCCGACCUGCCCAACGGCGGUCUGCCACCCCCCGACCCGGAGCGCUGGCUGCCCAAGUGGGAGAGGUCGGAGUUCAAGAAGAAGAGGGACAGGCGGCGGAGGGAGAAGGACGCGGUCAAGGGAAGCCAGGGCGCUGGCAAGGUGGAUGAGAGCCUGGACCGAACCAAGGCCCCGCCGCCCUCCGCCGCCGCCACCGGGGGCUCCUCGGACGCCGCGAAGGCCCCACCCACGAAACCCAACCUGCCGCCCCGUAAGGGAGGAAAGGGCAAGAAAUGA